AUGUCGAGAACGGGAUACACCCUGAUUACGGGAGUAAAAUUGGGGGAAUCCACUUCACGAUGGGCAACCAAGGACGGGAAGCGUCUCGGUGAACUUUUUUUAAUUUUUCUCCUGCAGGAUCAAUUGCACUGCCGGGACGAGGUGGGUGUCAUUUCGAUCCUGAUGACGACGUUCGUCACGGCAGGUCUCGAGAAGGAUGGAAUGUGCAGUGCAUACUCCACGACUUUCUCCGCGACUGUCGCCCGGCGGGGAAGAAAAAAGACUCCACCAGAGAGCGCGCAUUUUUUUCCCCCUCUCGAAAGAGGGAAGGGAAAAGAGCCGUUAGUACGAUCGUCAUAUGAUUACUUUGACGAAGAGCCAGAAGCAGAGUAG